CUGUUUGUUUGGGUCCUGUUGCAUUUCUUUUCCUUGGUAAACUACUGCGCUGUUUUAUUAUAAGCCAGUUUCAUUUUGAUUUUGAGUACCUUCAUACUUUUGAGUAAUUAAAAAAGAUGAGUAGUCUUCAUCGCGAAGAUGUAACAACUGGAGUACAUUGGUUAAGACACCCUGUUGAAAGCAUUAAAAUUAAGGUAAAAUUAAAACCGACAACUAUAUUAUCAUCAUUACUGAAUUAUAAUCCGGACGAUUCGAGUUUCAUAAAAAAGCAUCAAAUUAUUGAGGAAUACGUCUUUAAAUGGCAAGGGAAGAGCUGGGACGUAUACGUUUGUAGAGAACAACCCGAAGCCGACACAAGUCUAAGGACGAAACCGGCGAAAGUGUACUGCGAAAUCCUGCAGGAAGGUGUUACACCGAUCAGCAGAUUGUUUGCUUACAACCAUGAUGAUCAGCACUUGGUGUUGCCAUUGAGUUGUGUAAAAAAAUUUACUGAACAGAUAGCCAAUUUGAAUUUAGGAGGUAGAUGCACGAAAUCGAACAAUCCCAUUAGGAGUCUCAUAAAUCGUAAACAAUCUAAAUCCCAGCAGAGGUUGUUUGACAGCGACGACAGCAUUGACUCGUUGAGUGAGAAAUACACGACCAUGCAUAUUAUGUUUGAUAACAACGAUUAUUUACAGGAUACCUAUGACAUCAAGGCAAGGAAGCAUACUUGUCUAGUAUGCCUUUGCUACAGCAAGAAGCACAAGUAUUUGACGGUAACUCCGGAGAUUAACGAUUUGGCAUUGAAUCCGUACGAAGUGGCAACUGUUGAGGGGGAGCACUGGGGCUAUCAGUACAGCAUUAACAUUGACUUUGACGAUGACUGUGCUGAUGGACUAGCGAUUUUGUUGACGAGACUGCAGAAACGAUGGAAUAAACGUAACAAGAACCUCAUCUACUUCUCCGGGCCCCCCGUUGACUUCAGAAACAUCUAUUUGUCUUUUGAGAUUAUAUCUGUCGAGGACUUCCAGCUGCAAUAUUUGUAUAUUCAAUAUAAUGUGAAGUUGGGGCAGGUAUACCAGUGCGACCGCGGCUCCUUCGGACGCACGCACAAGAAGUUCCCGGACGAUAGUAAAGCGAAUCAUUAUUGCGAAAUCGGACACGCCGUCGACUUGAAGCUGUCCUGCCUCGCUAGCAUUGAGCCACCGCCGAUCCAGAUAGUCUUCGAGGUGCAGUCCGCGGAGUACCCAGUGAUCUUUCGCACGGAGGGCUACGGCACCCUGACCGUGCCGGUGACCGCGGGGCAGUUCACCGCGACCCUCACCACCUUGAUGCCGGAAGACGUGAACUACGCGGAGGGCGCCACUCGACGUUUCUUCAUCGGAGGGCGUCACUUGAUCAAGGACCCAGUUCUACUGGACCACUCACAGUCCACGGAUUCUGAGUACAGCAAUCAGGAGGCCGGUACAGUUCACCUUCGCUGGAGUAUAAGGACGGAGGUCGGCCCUGGGCUCAGGACUGUUCCAGUGCCGGCAGUCGGGACUGCUUCCUCUGCUGUGUUACAUGGGGCCGAGGUUGCUGUGAUGAGAUAUAGACUGGCCAAAGCCAAACUUCAAGCAGCCACAAAGGAAGAAGAGCCCGCGGAGGGAAAUGAUUCAGCCAAUAAAGAGUCUACAGAAAGCGACGACUCUCCUAUAAAAAAGUCCACACAGGAAGAUAAUACUACUGGAAAAGAAAAAAAGAAAGAAACAUAAAUAUUCUGGUAUGUGAUAGGAAAUCAAACUUAUCAGUAUUAUUCAAAGUAUAUUUUAUACGCAAUGGGAUCGUUUGCGUACGUUUGCCGCUAGGGGCGCUGUUCCAACUGAAUACAAAAUUGGGUUAACUUUUACGCUAUCGAGAACGUUAAGAAACUCGCACUAAGCACACUGUUAUAAACGUAAUUGUAGUUGUAGGUAAAUAGUUGAAAGAAGAAUAAGUUAUAUGUUUUCUAGUCGUAUUUAUAAAAUAUUAAUUAUGACUUUAAAUGUUAAAAAUAAUUCAUUAAGUAUUCGAAAUGUAUUUACGAAUUUUAACACGACUGACCUGGGAUACGGACGUAUCUUAACCUUGACGUAUGAUGAAGGCUAAGCUACGUUAUUUGACGGAAAAUGAGGGUAGAAAGUUAUUUUCGUAAACAUUUAAAAUGCUUAUAAAAUCUCGUCUAUAUAUUCGUGUAUUUCAAAGUGUUUAAUAAAUAUAGUCUUGACGUGUUCAA